GAAAGGGAAAUCCGACGCGCUCUCAUGAUCCGGUGGCCGUGCGCGCUCUUAAUCCUGCUUCCCUUUCUUGGGAAUGGCUCCCGCUCCGAAUUUGCACCGGCAAAUCUCUCCCUCCCCUUUCGCAAUCCCAAGGGCAGCGAGUGGAAGAAAGAAAGCGCCUUGCGGGAAAGUAUUAAGAGGAUUAAGCAUUGGAAUUCAUUAUCCUUCGGUGACAAUAUUACUGCUUUGUACGGAAUAAAUCAGUUUUCUCACUUGUCUGCUAAAGAAUUUAAAGCUAUUUACCUACAAAGUAGGUCUUCUAAAGUUCCCAGAUAUGUACCUCAAGUUGCAUUACAAGGAACAGACUCACCCUUGCCACCAAAGUUUGAUUGGCGGGACAAGAAUGUUGUUACAGAAGUGAAAAACCAAAGACAG